GCAUUCGCGGAGUACGCUCGUCGACAUCCUAAACAAUGCAAAGUCGUGGCAAUCGCUGAACCGAGGCCAGAAACCAGAUCAGAUUUUGCGACUAAACAUGGAAUAGCGGACAAACACGCCUUUCCGUCCCAUACGGAGCUGCUCGUCCACUCCGACGUCCUGGUCAGGGACGGCAAGGAGAGAUUAGCCCAAGCUGUGGUUAUUUGUGUCCAAGACAGAAUGCAUGCCCAAUUGACCAUCGAUUUCGCUCAAAGAGGUUAUCAUAUUCUGUGCGAGAAACCUCUAGGAGUUACGGUAGAAGAGUGUUUACAAGUGACAGAGGAGGUGGAAAAGAGCGACUUUCCUUAUUCUCCUUAUGCCGCCUCGUUGACAGAGCUCAUCCAUUCAAAGGCACUUGGGCGGCUGUUGCACAUAGCUCAUCUGGAACCCAUCGGUUACUAUCACUUUGCUCAUUCGUACGUGCGUGGACACUGGCAAUCCGAGCACACAUCCGCCCCCAUCAUCCUCACCAAAUCCUCGCAUGAUUUGGACAUUUUCUGUCGGUGGUUGCAUCCACUCGUCCCUCAACACGUCGCAAGUUUUGGAGGGCUCGGUCAUUUCAGGAGGGAAAGAAAACCAGCAGAAGCUAGGGCUAGGGGUGUGAUGCGGUGUCUCGACUGCCCUACCAGCGUAGAGCAGCGAUGUGAAUACAGUGCAAAGAGAAUCUACCUCUCCCCUGUGAAAGCGGGCAUGUCUGCAUGGCCAGGAAAUCUCAUUGUGGAUGGCCGACCGACAGUGGAAAAGAUGACCCGAGCACUUGAAGAAACACCUUUUGGACUAUGCGUAUAUGAAUCGGCCAACGAUGUCCCAGAUCAUCAAACUAUUUCUAUCCAAUUCACCGCGCCUCCGACCAACGAUGCCCAAUCGUUGCGUGCUGAAUCGCCCGAGCGUAGCCUUUCACGUUCUCGAGAAAGGAACGUACCCGUAACAGGGCCAACUAUAUCGUUCACCAUAGCGGCACAUACAGAAUCGAUCUGUGUACGCAAAACGACAAUGUAUUUCGAACAUGGAGAAGUGAUUGGCGACAUGUCUACCUACACCGUCUCUGACUUUAGGGAUAUCGGCAGAGGUCCGAAGCGUAUUAUUCCACCACAUGGAAUAGGAGGUGGACAUGGUGGUGGUGAUUGGGCUCUGACAGAGGCAUGGCUCAAGGCGAUCAAACAGAAGGAACGUGGAGAAACAGUCACAGCAUUGGGAGUAGCUGCAGGCGUAAGGGACCAGCUCCGAGUAUUCAUGACGGGAUUUGCGAUUGAAGAGGCGAGGAAGGGACUAAAAGUGGUCGACUGUGAAGAGUUCACAAACCGGAUGAAGCAAACCUAUGCGUCUGAAAGACUAUCUCACAUAAAUAUCGAGUAUGAGCCAGAGCUACCUUAA